AGCAUGUCUACCGCCAUUCUGGAAGAGAAGAUCAUCGUUGUUGACGACGUGUCCACAGCUACUACCAUCGAUCUGGUGCCCAAGGCUCGCAAGGAUCUGUCUAUCCAUUUCGAGUCCUUCUAUGGGGUGAAGCCUCGCCACGUCUCGCCUGCGUUCAAGAUUAGAGGGGCCACCCUCCUGGAGCAACAGACAGCAUCGACCUACUUCUCUGCUGCCGAUCUCCCAUAUCAGAUUCCUCCCUUCGUUGCAUCCGCGCUUCUCGACUUACACUACACCAGCCUCGUCCAGGCCCGCGUCAUCGACCUCCUCAGCCCGUCCGGGGUCGUGAUGUCCAGUAUUGGCGGACGGGUGCCGGUCGCCACGAUGCUCGCUCUCGCGGACGCCGCCGGCUUCGCCGGACGGAUCCUCUCCAUGAGUUGGAAAGUGCAGAGCGAACCUGACUCGGUGAUCGGGGGGUAUGCAACUCAGCAGCAGAAGGCCUUGGGUCCGUUCUACGUCUAUCGCACCACCACUCUCCGACGCGUUUUUCACGGUCGGACUCCGGCGGGUGCUGCUCUCCGGGCGCUGCAGAUUGAGCGGGAUCUACUCCCGGAGCGCAUUGAUGCCAUCACGGCCCUGGAACUGCACCAGGAACUGCACCAGGAAGGGGUGGAGUUAGGUCAUCCGGUGGUGGUCAUGGCGAGCGUUCUCAUGUGAG